AUGGGAAAUGGGGAGCCGAUUGUCGCCUACAUCGAUGACCAGCUCAUCGAAUGUGAUCGAAAGAACCUCCUUCAACCACCGAGUUUUCCCAAUCCUCCCCUUUGGGGAAUAGCGAGGAAGAGAUUGAAGGCGGUUACGCCUGACUGUCCACUACAAGAUCCGUACAUCUUGGGGAUUAUGAUCGCUCUUGGACAGGAAAAACUACUCGCUCGCCGUAAGGCUAUCGCCAAACAACAAGGUCGUUCUCAGGGUUGUCAGGUAUCACUAAAAGACUUGGAGGUCACGCCCCAGGUUCUGUUCACAAGCAGGAGUGAUACAGACAAUGUGUAUCUUUAUCGGGCCCAGAUCAGCUACCACACACUCCAGAUGUUCCGUUAUCCUAAGCAGGCUCCACCCUCCACAACGCCGCCGAUCGAGAUCGAAGCCAACAAGAUUCCCCUUCGCCCAUUUUGUACUUUAAAUGCCCGGCUUUGCGCAUCGAUUGCGCCAGGUGUCACCUUGACCAUGUCGAGAGAGGAUAUGGCGCGCUGA